AUGUCAACAAAUCUUGGGAUAUCUGAAAUAUAUAGCAAACUCCAUUGGGAGGUCAAAUUUAGGAUGGCCAAACGGUCAUUUACUGGCGGACAUGGUGAGAGCAGUCCAAAUGCUAGAAGACCCAGACGGAUAGCUGACUCCCGUUCCGAUACUCUAAGCAGCUCCCCUGUGCGCGAUACAAGCCCACAUGAACUCGACAUCAACACGAGUAACGAGCGUUUGCCCUUUGCAAAGCGUGUAAAGACAGAUACUGCUGUUCUCGACGAUCAGGAACUGGAAAUGCUGCUCGCGAAGGACCAACAAGGAUUAGAAAAUGGGCGAAUGACAUACAUUAAGAAGAGAACUUCCAGAAGCAUCGUUGACGCCAGUCACCCACAGUUGGUGGAGCAAGACAUUGACGCAGCGGACAUGGUUAGGACGCGUCGCUUCCACGAGGAGGAAGACUCACUCACGGCGAAAAUUACGGAGUUGGAGAACGAUCCACCAGCGGAUCCAGUGUCGCUGGAGCCCGCUCGUAAGCUCCGAAAAACCAGUCGUGCGUCUGUUCAGCGCAGUCAUUACGCCAACAUUCAGAGUGUUCGCCUGCGAUACGUUAGGGAACACAAGAUUCCAACAGUUUUAUUUGCCAACGAAUUAGUACAAAAGGUGCAAAAGCACCUGCACCUGGUGGAGCAGAUACUGAGUGGCAAGCGGGCUUCCCUGUACUACGACAACGCGCGGCAGGCUUUCAGCUCGUCCGAAAAGGCCGUGAUGAGCAUGGCAGAAUUUCGCCAGCUGGAUUUGAACAAGUUUACGGCAGGCUUCUACGGUGUUAAGCGUCAGAUGCGGGUCGCACUGGAGAUCUUGGCCCGGUAUCGUCCUCUGCUUGAAAAGAAAAAUAAUGCAGUACUGAAGUGGUGGGGAGUGAAGGAUUUUGCACAAUACGUCUUGGCGCCCGAGUUGUUGAGCGCACUUUGCCAGGAGGAGAUGAGCCUGCCUCUCUUGGAAGACGCUUGGGACGUAAUGGAACACACCACUGAAUUUGGCCAUAUCGUGGCCGACAAUGAUCCGCUCGAGGAAUGGGAAGUUGCUGCGGAGGAGGCCGCUAUAGCAGAUUUGGGUAUUGGCAAAGAAUAUUCCAGCAUGUUCUAUCGAAGAGACUCUAACAAAGCAGAUCCCGUAAAGGACGAAAAUACAUGA